AUGCCCGCCGUUAGGAAAAGGGCGAAGACGAAGACGCAGACGAAGAAGGAGCGUCGUGAGAAAUCGCAGCAGCUAGCCGCCUCACGAAUCCUCAAGGAAGCAUUGACACCACCGCCGCUGCCCACCAUGGACCCCCAAGCCAAGCGAAACAUUGUAAUCGUCGGUGGUGGCAUCAUCGGCUCCACGACUGCCUACUUCCUCACCAGGCAUCCGAAAUACAACCCCGCCCUGCACCAGGUCACCAUCCUCGAGGCCACCUCCAUCGCGGCCGGCGCUUCGGGCAAGGCCGGCGGCCUGCUAGCCCUCUGGGCGUACCCGCAGUGCCUCGUGCCGCUGUCGUACCGCCUGCACAAGGAGCUCGCCACGGAGCAUGGCGGUGAGAAGCGAUGGGGCUACCGUAGGGUGAACUGUGGCAGUUUCGAGGCCCGCGUCACCAAGCAGAUGCUCGACAAGCCGAAGCCGUUGCUGAGGCCGACGCCGAAGCAAGAGCCAGAGGCGAUCGCAUCCAGUACGAACGGCGGCGGCGGCGUCAACAGCAGCAGCGGGGAGCAGGAGCAGGAGAAAGGCUGGGAGAAGCUGCCGAAGCAAGACGAGGCCGCCGAGUCCAUGCUGGAGGAAUCGGUGCUGCCGCGGGACCUCGACUGGGUAGACCGCGGGGCCGUCGAGUCGUACGCGGAGAUGGGCAUGCCGGGCGCGACCGAGACGGCCCAGGUGCACCCGUACCACUUCACCCGGUCGAUGGCGGCGCUUGCGCAGGACAAGGGCGUCGAGGUCCGGAUUAACGCGCAGCUCAAAAGCAUCAGCUCGUCCGGCGACGGCGUCGAGAGCGUCGAGUAUCUCGACCGCGGGUCGGGCGAGACGCGCACCAUCGACGGCGUGACGGACGUACUCGUGUCUGCCGGGCCGUGGACCGGCCGCCUGCUGCCCCGCUCCAAGGUCACCGGCCUGCGCGCCCACAGCGUCGUGUACGACGCCGACGUCAGCCCCUACGCCGUCUUCACCAGCAUUAAGCUCCCUGCCGACUUCGUACCGGAGCACCGCGCCAGCAAGGGCCAGAGGAGGAAACACAAGCGGGUCGUCGACCCGGAGAUCUACGCCCGGCCGGGCGGCGAGGUGUACGCGUGCGUCGUGUGCCCCGCAGGUGAGCCGGACGAAGACGUGCCGCUGCCGGACACGGCGGACAAGGUGCAGGUGGACGAGGCCAACUGCGACGAUAUUACCUCGUACAUCGCCACAGUGAGCCCGGCACUGGCCGCGGCGCCAGUCAAGGCGAAGCAGGCCUGCUACCUGCCCCAGCAUGACUCGGGCCCGCUCAUCGGCGCGACGUCGGUGCCCGGCCUGUGGCUCGCGGCGGGCCACACCUGCUGGGGCAUCCAGAACGGCCCCGCCACGGGCAAGCUCAUGUCCGAGUACAUCCUGGACGGCAAGCCCUCCAGCGCCGACAUAUCGUCUCUGGACCCGAGGCGGUUCAGGGUGUAA